CAUCGGUAAUAUUGCCCGAAGAGUGUGCGAGUUGGCACUAGAAACACGACCGGGCGGACGACGCGGAUCUAGAAUUUUUAGAAUUUUUAGUUACCAAGAAAAAAUCAAAAUGGGUCGUCCUGUUCUUGUCGUUCGGAAUAAGGCUCUCGCUCUUGCUCUGUUCCCACUUGCCUCCAUUAUCUGGACGUCCACUAUCUGGACAUUUUCCUUCGAUUCCGUUCACGCAGCAUCAAGCUCUGUAGUGGGAUCAGAAUCUUUUCUCAAGCGAGGUGGAGCAGCAAAUGAAGGUGGGCUUCUUCCAGCUACAGCCGGAGCAUGGCGAGCACCAGAUCACGGAGGUAGGAGAAGAUCGUCCUUCCAAGAAGGGUCGACCACUGGGAGCGCGCGAUCAUGGGGUUAUGAUAGCUGUUGCGCUUCACAACGAGGAGUAACUAGACCUACUACAGAAGUUUUUUCUAGCCACCUGGAGUCGCAUUUAUUAAAAAUUGAAGCUGCAUCUGCGAGCUUGCUGCAUGGGUGUCACAGAAGUAAUGACAGCGAUCAAGGCGAGGCUGGGAAAGCUUGUCUGAAUGAGUAUUUUGUUAGUCUUAGUGCAAAGCUUUUCCGAUUUCGAUUUUCGAAACGCAUCUAUAGACAAGUAGUUAGCAGGGUUACAGCCGUUACCGUCAGAGUCUUCACAGUGGAAGAAUUCCAUUUUUCUAACAUUCCGGACAGAGUCUCGCUUCAUCUAGUACGUGGUCUUCGCAAGCAACGUCUGUGAGUGGUCCAGCGACAUUGGACGACCUUCGGAGUGUUGCUGGCAGUGGUCUGCCAGCAUCACCAGUAGGGUCGAUUCCAUUUCCAACACCGUCGAUUAUGAACAAGAAUUGCUGUUGGUCUUGAACUGUAUUUCGUAGGGCUAGAGGAGGUGUUGAACAAGAAUUGCUGUUAGUGCAGAGCUAGACGAGUUGUUAGAAGAGCUGUGUGAAAGAGUUGUUAGAAGGUUAGAAGAGAUGAACGCGGUAGAAACUAGAACUAGUCGCUGCGGGUGCUACGGACAGCACCAUCAGGGAGGACGGACACACGACAGAGAUAAAAGGGUUGACGUUAGAAGAUUAGAAGCAGGUGGGCGAGCAGCAGUAGAUGGUACUAGGAAGAGUCAACGAGGAGCAAGUAGAGGACGAGGAAAGGAACUUGCAUGUGCAUGCAGCUUUCGUCGGUGUAGUGGACAUGGGAGGGAUACAUAGAAGAAGAGGCUCUCAAGCGAGCAUGAUGAGGUAAACGCGAAGCCCGGCAAUUGCAGUAAUUGCAAUAUGACUGUUCUCUCUAAUCCUUCUUGUUGUCCAGCACAGCUGCCACAAUAUCCGGGAGGUGACGGAGGGCAACUGAUGCUAAUGAGCGGAGACGAUGUGAGAUCAGCAAGGAGCUGUGGUCCUCCUACGCAGAGUACCGCUAACAUCAUACGAGCAGCCAAUGGAGGGCAGAACAACAAUGGUUAAGGCUGUAGUUCAUACUAAGUAUGUAUUAGAUUCUAGUUCAUACUAAAUUAGAUUCGCAAGCAUGCACGUUUCCGUUGCAUCAUAACAAAAUGUCAAUGUAGGGGUACUUACAACUACUGAACAAUAAGAUUAAACUCUAAGACUAAGCAGGAAACUAUCUCAACAACAACUGCAAUGGGGCACAAGCACAACGCGGUAGCACACCCAGAAGUAGUGCAGCGCCAGGAGGAGCGAUUUUGACACGAUCAGGGACAGGCCCUACUACACGAUGGAACCGUGGUCGAGGUGGCAGGACCGUGAGGUCUAUCCAAGAGCAAGAGGAUGACCAAGAAGAUUGGUGCUGCUGUUUCCGAAGGCGUGGAAGACGGAACUUGUAA